AUGGACGGAGAACCGUUCAUAGCAGACGUCAGGGUGAACGGCACAGACUUCGUGCCAUCUCUUGUCGACUAUGGCUGCCUCUGCUACGGCGCGGUUAGCAAGCGCACAUUUCACUCUCUCCAGUUGCCACAUAUACGCGUCCAGCCGCGCAUCUUGGAGAAUGCAGCGGGAGACGGCAAGGAGGUCAAAAUCGACAAGAUCACGUAUGUGUCGAUCGACCUCGAUGGACAUCAGCAGCAUCGUGUUUUCAUGUACGUCAUCGACGAUCUGAACUGGGAUAUGAUCCUGGGUAAACGAUGGAUGGAAGACCAGGAUGUUCACAUCCAUGCGAAGGAAGGAUAUCUCGAGAUCGGGUCCAAUGGAGUUCAAUACCACAAGUGGUCUCGAGCUUUCUCUCAGCAACUGGCCGACCAGCUGCCCCCUCAUCGGCCAGCCCUACCCUGGGGACCGCUUUACAGCAUGUCCCGCGAGGAGCUAUUGGUACUACGGAAGACUCUCACAGAACUACUCGACAAGGGAUUUAUUAGAGUCAGCAGCUCGCCAGCCGCGGCACCAGUCCUUAUGAGGGACCGCUAUCCCUUGCCCUUACUGAGCGAGACCUUGCGAACGAUAGCCAAGGCAAGGUGGUUCACCAAGACAACUUUCAGAACGCGCUAUGGAUCCUUCGAAUGGCUGGUAGUUCCAUUCGGCCUGACAGGCGCACCAGCAGCCUUUCAGCGGUACAUUAACAGCGCGCUCCAGGAUUACCUAGACGAUUUUGUGUCAGCAUAUAUCGACGAUGUCCUGAUCUUCUCCUCUGGAAGCCUGCAAGACCACCGCGACAAGGUCGGCAAGGUCCUCCAACGACUGAUGGACGCCGGGCUGCAACUGGAUAUCAACAAGACGGAGCCGCUAACGCGGCUAACGAAGAAGGACGUGCCAUUCCGUUGGGAUGAAUUGUGCGAAGAAGCCUUCGAGAAGCUCAAGGACUUGUUGAUCACGGCCCCGAUCCUUGCACACUUCCAUCCAGAAAGGAGACUAUCGUGGAAGCAGACGCUUCAGGAUUCGCCCGAAGCGAACUACGCUAUCCAUGACAAGGAGCUACUCGCCAUUCUCAGAUGUUUGGAGCAGUGGGAACCAGAGCUACGGGCAGUAGAGCACUUCAAGAUCCUAACGGACCACAAGAACCUGAGGUACUUCUACUCGGAAAGGAGGUUGACAGAGAGACAAGUGCGGUGGUCGGAGUUCCUGUCCAGGUUCCAAUUCGAGCUCGAAUGGAGGCCGGGCCGCAAGGGCGGAUUGCCUGACGCACUCUCGCCGGGACCAGGAUAUGCCGGCCAACUACUCCGAUGA